AUGGACGCUGCUCUUGCAGAUGGCAUUGACAUUAACCACCUUCACUCCGCGAGGAUCAGUGACCUGUUGCAGAGCUGCGAAGUCAUUAAUUGGAUGGCGACAAUCCCCGCACUUGUGGGUUUCGCACAGACUGCCAUCUUCUCUGCACUGCGUGUGUGUGCAAUCUGGGAUCGUAACUACGUCCUGUUCAUAAUCGUGCUUGUUCUGGGCCUCCCGCCUGUGGUUACCACCGCUCCCGAAGCUCCUUCAAAUAUUUUCCUCCACCAAUUGGUGCAUGCAUGGACGACACUCUCUACUCCGGUGAUUCGUAUCUCAUCUCAAAUUUCUAGUGUGACCUUCAUCACUCGCGUUCCGUUGAUUCUCGCAGACUUGCUCGUCCUAGUCUUGACAUGGAUGAAGACCUACCGCCAAUACAAAGAAGCAAGAUCAUUGAACAUCAAGUCAUCGCUCAUUACGUGCCUCAUACACGACAGCACGGUCUAUUUCUUUAUCCUCCUGGCACUGAAUGCCUCCCAGGUCCUGUUUUUCUGCUUCAGUUCCACAACCAUCAUCUUCGUAUUCACAACUACACUGCCGCAAAUCCUGAUUUGCCGAUUCAUGAUGAAUUUGCGUCUACUCAACCUCGACAGAUCCACCACUUCUGACAUCGGCACGUUUCAGCUGUUGGCUUCGCUGCGCGUACUGACGGUCAACAACGACGCAACACCGAGUUCCAUGGGGAACGUUAGUGAAUCCCUGGGCUACGACCAGGAUGACGGGGAGAACGACAACGCGCAUAUCAGCGGCGAGCAAUCUACAUCGCACUCUGGAGAAGAGCCAGACGUCUAGUUAGCCAUCCAGAGAUUGUACGGGGGAAUAAUCCAGGAUUUCGUGGCGCGAGACAUCGUUGAUGUGAAUUUGUACUCUUGAGCAAUUUUCUUUUAUUUUCUAUCCCACUUAAUUUGUGUAUAAUUGUGUGCUACAAUAAUUAUGAUGCGCUUGUAUGCCAUGCUUAAUUCA